CGGUCACAUGAACUAUCGAUAACCAAAUAGUGAGACCCUUUGUGCGGAACGACUGACACCUUUUGCGAGCACAAGCGUUCAUUCCUGCAAAAAUUGCGGUACAAAUUGCAAAAAGUGCAAAUUUUGCCAGCGUUUGGAUAAAACUCGGUUGCCAAGAGCCACUAAACACACGCGUAGACAGGCAGAGAGACAGACGCGCGUGUAAAAAGGGCUAAGUGCUGCUAACUGCUAGCAGAAAUCCAGGACUCAAGGACACGUUCGGUCGGAAUUAGAGACGCAAGCAAGCAGCGACCAUGUCCGGAAUUGCUAUCACACGGCUCGGGGAGGAGCGAAAGGCCUGGAGGAAGGAUCACCCGUUCGGGUUCGUCGCCCGACCCGCCAAGAACCCCGACGGCACCCUCAACCUGAUGAUCUGGGAGUGCGCAAUUCCCGGCAAGAAGUCCACCCCCUGGGAGGGCGGCCUGUACAAGCUGCGUAUGAUCUUCAAGGACGACUACCCCACCUCGCCGCCCAAGUGCAAGUUCGAGCCACCGCUGUUUCACCCGAACGUCUAUCCCUCGGGCACCGUCUGCCUGUCGCUGCUGGACGAGGAGAAGGACUGGCGCCCCGCCAUCACCAUCAAGCAAAUCCUGCUGGGCAUCCAGGACCUGCUCAACGAGCCGAACAUCAAGGACCCGGCCCAGGCGGAGGCCUACACCAUCUACUGCCAGAACCGGCUGGAGUACGAGAAGCGGGUUCGCGCCCAGGCCCGCGCCAUGGCGGCCUCCGAGUAGUCGGGCUCCUGCCAGUCACCUUCCCCACAUAGACAUUAACAAAUACACACACAUCUAGCCGGUAAGCGUUUGUUUGGAAUGCUCUCCACAUCUACUUAAUUUAAAAAAAAAAUCGACUAAUUUUGGACAGCCCCCGCGGCCCAAACAUAUACAUAAUUUUUUAAUGUUUUGCAAUUGCAUAAUUACCAGCUUGUACCAUCUGAAUAAAUCCUAAUAAGUCCUGUAA